UUUUGAAUGUAUAAGGAGAUGUGGAUAUAAUUUGUGGAGGGCCUCCAUGCCAAGGUGUUAGUGGCUUUAACCGUUUCAGGGACAAGAAUAAUCCUUUGGCUGAUGAAAAAAAUAAACAAUUAAUGGUGUUUAUGGACAUUGUCGAAUAUCUAAAGCCAAGAUUUGUUUUGAUGGAGAAUGUAGUUGACCUUGUGAAGUUUGCUAAAGGAUAUCUUGGACGAUAUGCCCUGGGUCGGCUCAUUCAAAUGAAUUACCAAGCCCGUUUAGGAAUGAUGGCGGCAGGAGCAUAUGGGCUUCCCCAAUUUCGGAUGCGAGUUUUCUUGUGGGGAGCUCAACCAACAGAGACUUUACCUCAGUAUGCACUCCCAACCCACGAUGUUGUUCUAAGAGGAGUUAUUCCUACUGAGUUUGAGAGAAACACAGUGGCAUAUGAUGAGGGCCAUUCAGUGGAACUAGAGAAGAAACUUUUGCUGAAGGAUGCAAUUUCUGACCUUCCAGCAGUUGGAAAUAACGAAUCUCAUGAUGAGAUGCCAUAUGACAAGGAUCCUGAGACUGAGUUUCAAAGGUUCAUCAGAUUAAGCAAAGAUGAAAUGAUCGGUUCUUCAUCAGACUCAAAACGAAGUAAACACUUGCUUUUCGAUCAUCGUUCGCUAGAGUUGAACACGGAUGAUUAUCAGCGUGUUUGUAGGAUUCCAAAACGAAAGGGGGCAAAUUUUAGAGACUUACCUGGAGUUCGUGUUCGUCCAGAUAAUAAAGUUGAAUGGGAUCCUGACGUCGAGAGGAUAUAUUAGGAUUCCGGAAAGCCUCUGGUCCCUAAUUAUGCAAUGACCUUUGUGGAUGGAACAUCAUCUAAACCUUUUGCUCGUCUUUGGUGGGAUGAGACAGUGCCAACAGUAGUUACCAGAGCAGAACCGCACAAUCAGGCCAUUUUACACCCAGAACAAGACCGGGUGCUUACAGUUCGUGAAAAUGCAAGGCUGCAAGGUUUUCCCGACUAUUACAAGCUUUGUGGACCUAUCAAAGAAAGGUAUGUUCAAGUAGGAAAUGCAGUGGCUGUGCCGGUGGCUCGAGCGUUAGGAUAUGGAUUAAGUCUAGCUAUUCAAGGAUCGGCAACUCAUGAACCUUUAUUUACAAUACCUCAGAAAUUCCCAAACAUCUUAGAACGACUUGCCUCUGCAUCAUCUGUAGAUAAUGCUUAAGUGUUGUACUCAGAACACACGGAUAAUUUUAGAGCAAUUCAUAUUUGUAACUGUAAUUGUACAAUAUUUAGUAUUCUUUCCCUACUUCAUUAUUUGCGCCAACAUCAUCUAUGUUCACAAAAACUCUAUUGAAUAUGAACCAAGUUAACUUAA